AUGCAUUGUGCCAGCAUGCUCAAGACACUUGAUAGGUACCAAAAAUGCAGUUAUGGCUCUUUAGAAGUCAACCAUCUAGACAAGGAUAUUGAGCAAAGCAGCUAUAGGGAGUACCUAAAGCUUAAGGCUAAAUACGAGUCCCUACAACGAUAUCAAAGGCAACUACUUGGAGAUGAUCUUGGGCCUCUGAACAUCAAUGAUCUCGAGCACAUUGAACAUCAAUUGGACACAUCAUUGAAGCACAUUAGAUCUACAAGAACACAGGUUAUGCUUGAUCAGCUCUCUGAUCUUCAAUCAAAGGAGAAGUUGAUGCUUGAUGCUAACAAAGCUCUGGAGAGCAAGUUGGAAGAGAUAUAUGCUGCAAAUCACCUUCAGCAAUCGUGGGUGGGAGGAGGUGGGGAGCACAGUAACAACUAUGCUCAUCACCACGCUCAAUCCCAGGGCUUCUUUCAGCCUCUUGAUUGCAACUCUACUCUCCAAAUCGGGUAUAGUGAUCCAGUGAGUUCGAGCCAGAUGACGGCAGCAACGGAAGUUCAAAACGUCAACGGAAUAGUCCCUGGCUGGAUGCUCUGACUCUGACUUGCAACAUAUCUUUUCAAGUCUACUCUAAGAAGCAUAUAAAUAUGAUUCAUAUUUUAUCUAUUUUCAAGUACAUUCUUAAAUAAUGGAGUGACACUCUAAUAUUUGGUUCAAUAUUUGGACCUUCGAUCAACCUAUCAGAAACUGAUGUACGGACAAACAAAAGGGACUCUGGUUAGCCUAAACUAUUUAGACUCCCAAUCAAAUUUCUAUGUAUGUUGUUAAUUGUAAUAUCUAUAUUUUCACCA